CCCUGGGUGUGUGUUUUGAAGGUUGUACCGAGCUAAACAGACUCGCUGCCCCCCCUCGCUCAGGCUUCACAACCCGGGACGAGCCUCCCGGAGCUGGGGGAUCAUCUACACAUCCAGAGUCUCCUCCGCUCCUCAACCCCCUUCACCGCGUCUCUCUCUGCGCUGCUGGGCCGCCGACCGAGCUCCUGUCCUCCCGGGGACUUGCCGAGGGGGAAACGCCGCAUCCACACGGACACUGACAGAUAAAAACAACACAAAAAAAGAGAAAAGUUGAAACACGCAGGACACACGGCGGGAAUACGAUGUGGCAGCCGUGCGGCUUCUCCUCAAGGUCAGCAUCGGAGCACCGCCGCCUCACGGACGACUUUCUCGGGCAGUCGGAGCGGACCCCUCCUCGGCGAGGCGCGGAGCGGAUGCCCCUGUGUCCUCUGUUACCUCCAGCAUCAACGGGGACAUCGUCCACGGACACCGAGAGCCACUGACAGUGGAAGCCGGGGACAAACUUGGGGAAACGCGGCGGUGUGACAACCCAAUGAACCGAGAAGGAAAAGCUUGUACUUUUACAGCGGUAUUGUAAAAGUCAGCUCCAGCCGCUCCCUGCCUUCUUCCUCCGGCCUGUGUCGGUGCGAGUGUUCACCUGGCGACGGGGGAACCAGCGCCGGAUCCAAGCUAGCUAACGUCCCCGCGGAGAACGGGCUCCCGGUUCGGUGUACGCUAGCCGAACCCACCGCUGAAGUCAUUUUGGCGAGUUUAGGACUUAAUUUAACGAACCAAACAUUACGAAGUUGUGAGUGACUCAACUUCCUUGAACCUGUUCAGGUUUCCCAAGCGGACUUUAAAACUAAAUUUUAGUAUUAUUUCCUCGACAACAUGCCCUCGGGGACAGGUUCUCUCAGCCCGGCCGGGACCGGGAGGAGGCUACCGGAGCGGGGGCUGCUCCUGCUGGUGGUGCUGGUGCUCCUGGAGGGAUCCGUGCUCCCCCUCGGAGCCGCCAGCUCUCCGGAUGUCACCCCCCCGGAACAUGAAGGCAGCCACAAAGCUUCGGACGUGGGACUCAACUUCACCAAGAAGGCUUUCCCUGUGCUCAGCCUCGACUACCACCACAUCCAUAUUCCAUUUGAAAUCUCAUUAUGGGUGCUCCUGGCUUCUUUAAUGAAAUUAGGGUUCCACCUGAUUCCUCGUCUGUCCAGCAUUGUGCCAGAAAGCUGCCUGUUGAUUGUGGUGGGCCUGCUGGUGGGGGGGCUCAUCAAAGUGGCUGGAGAGGACGUCCCACCAGUGCUGGACUCAAGUUUGUUCUUCCUCUGCCUGCUUCCGCCCAUCAUCCUGGACGCCGGCUACUUCCUGCCCAUCCGCCCUUUCAUGGAGAACCUGGGCACGAUCCUGAUGUUCGCCGUCGUGGGGACCCUGUGGAAUGCCUUCUUCAUCGGGGGCCUCCUGUACGCUGUGUGUCAGAUCCAGCCCGAGCAUUCGAACCUCCUCUCAAUAGAGCUGCUGCCUUGCCUGCUGUUCGGCUCCAUCAUCUCAGCCGUGGAUCCCGUCGCUGUGCUCGCUGUGUUUGAGGAGAUCCACAUCAACGAACUGCUGCACAUCCUGGUGUUUGGCGAGUCCCUGCUGAACGAUGCUGUCACUGUGGUGCUGUACCACCUUUUCGAGGAGUACACAGCCGCUGGGACAGUGACGGUGAUCGAUUGCAUACUUGGAAUGAUCUCCUUCCUGGUGGUUGCGUUGGGUGGCGUUCUAGUGGGAGCCAUCUACGGCUUCCUGGCUGCCCUGACCUCGCGCUUCACCUCCCACACGCGUGUCAUCGAGCCACUUUUUGUCUUUGUGUACAGCUACAUGGCCUACCUGUCGGCGGAGAUGUUCCACCUCUCCGGCAUCAUGGCGUUGAUCGCGUGUGGAGCAGUGAUGCGGCCCUACGUGGAGGCCAAUAUAUCCCACAAGUCCCACACCACCAUCAAGUACUUCCUGAAAAUGUGGAGCAGCGUCAGCGAGACGCUCAUCUUCAUCUUUCUGGGCGUGGCCACGGUGGACGGACCCCACUACUGGAACUGGACCUUCGUCACCGUCACCGUCAUCCUGUGUCUGGUGGCGCGGGUCAUAGGUGUGGUUGGCUUGACCUUCAUCAUCAACAAGUUCCGCAUUGUCAAGCUUACCACCAAGGACCAGUUCAUUAUAGCCUACGGUGGCCUGCGAGGUGCCAUCGCCUUCUCCCUCGGCUUCCUGCUGGACAGCAAUCUCUUCCCCAUGAGAAAGAUGUUCCUCACGGCCAUCAUCACCGUUAUCUUCUUCACAGUCUUCGUACAGGGCAUGACCAUCAAACCACUGGUGGAGCUGCUGGCAGUGAAGAAGAAACAGGAGGCCAAGCGCACGAUUAAUGAGGAAAUCCACACCCAGUUCCUCGACCACCUCCUGACUGGAAUUGAGGACAUCUGUGGACACUAUGGACACCACCACUGGAAGGACAAACUGAACCGCUUCAAUAAGAAGUAUGUGAAGAAGUUCCUGAUUGCCGGCGAGCGCUCCAAGGAGCCACAGCUCAUCGCCUUCUAUCACAAGAUGGAGAUGAAACAGGCCAUUGAGCUGGUGGAGAGCGGCGGGGGAGUCAAGAUGCCUGCUGCUGUUCCCUCCACCGUCUCCAUGCAGAACAUUCAGCCCAAGAAGCCUGCUCCUCCUCCCAAGUCUGUGGACAGAGCCAUGCCAGCGCUGCCUAAGGGCAGAGAGGAGGAGAUCAGGAAGAUCCUGAGGAGCAACCUUCAGAGGACACGACAGAGGCUGCGCUCCUACAACAGACACACUCUGGUGGCUGAUCCCUUUGAAGAUGGUUUUAGUGACUUACUCAUCAAGAAGCACAAGAUGAUUGAGCUGGAGAAGAAGAUAGAGGAGAUGAAUAACUACCUGACGGUGCCGGCUGCUCCUCCAGACUCGCCGACAAUGUGUCGGGCCCGACUGGCCUCAGGGAGAGACACUGAUUUCACUCCUGCUCAGCAGCAGAAAGGGAACAGACUCGGUGCAGACCCACAGGCCUACAGCAUGAAGCCAGAGUCGGACAGCAUGCCGACCAUCCAGGUAGACCUGGCCUCCCCUCAGUCUCCAGACUCUGUCAACGUAAUGGAUGAGUUCAGACGGGCCAAGCGGGAGGAGGAGGAGGAGGAGCAGGGCCUGAUGAUGAAGCCUCCCCACAGGCAGAGCGGACCUAACAAGACGGGCGAGGCGGACGCGCCCAGAGACCCGCAGAAGCUGACGAGGUGUCUCAGCGACCCGGGUCCCAGCGCGGACGAGGAGGAGGACGAACCCUUCCUGCCUUAAAGCGGCGGAGCGGCUGUGGUGGGAUCCGGCUGCGUGGUUAGAGGAGAGAGGGCUGCUUCACUGCUCUAGAUGAUCUCUUUGGUUCAGAAACCAAAGAAGCCAAAACUGCUGAAGCUGUACAAAGAUUACCUGAAGAAAAAAGAGCCAUUAGUUUGUUAUUGUCAUUGCUCUUUAUUUUUUUAGGCUUUGAGCAGCAGUCGCUGAGAGUUAAUGAUGGAUAGUGUGAGACAUUCAGGAAAGAACUAUGCAUUACCAAAGGUCUGGACUGUUGGUCAGACAAUGUCCUUCUCACCUUAGUGUCAGACUGGUUUAUUUCUCACUUCAUGAUUUCAUAGUUGUCAAAUCAAAUCAAACUACUUCAGUCCAGUUUUCUCUUUUUCACAAAUACAACUUGAGUUCUUUCUGUCUGUCUCUUGAAAAUAGCUGAAAAUCCAAACAUGUAGUGAGUCAAAAAAAUACUUUUGCCUUAUUUUAAUGUCAGAUCUUUUCACUUGGUGCAUUUUAAUUUCAGGGGCACUGACGAAUGUUUGUUGACAUGUAGGUUAAAGCUGGAUGUAUUUAGCCACUGUGCAAAAAGAGCCACGGUUCUUUAAAGUCCUGCGGCCUCGUGCUGCGGCCUCGUGGAGGGAACUAACGUGGACUUGAAAACUCCCUCGCUCUUGUAUAAAGUAGUUUUGACCUUCGUGUGUCGGAGUGAAGCUGAGUGUGCGACAGGCAGCGACGCAGCGCAGAUGUUUUAGAUGUCAGUCAUCACACUUGAGUUAAAUCACAUGUCCUCACGUCACAUUUCUGUUUGGGAUGUUUUAAUGUUUUACCUCCAUCGGUCAGUUGUUAGAGUAGAUUCCUCAGAUGUAACAUCUAACGCUCAUCACCUCACACUCACUGGAGUUUUUAAUACAUCAGAUCUAAUGCUCAUUAUCUUUUACUCGCCUUCUAGCAUUCUUCAGUCGAUGGCCUACGUUACUCUCGAGCAUAUUUCAGAAUGAAGUGAAGGAUUGUUUGUACAGGAAUCCACGGGGGGCACGUGACAGCAAAAUAAAUUAAUAUUUAACUCUAUGCAGUAUGGAUGUAUAAAUUAUGUAAAUUAAUUCUAAUAUCAUAUAUCUAUGAAUACACUUUAAAACUGAAGUCUUAUAAUCUUGUUAACAUGCAAAACACAACAAACUAAAGCUGAAAUCAAACACGGGCAUUAAGACAAACAAUCAUAGAAAAAACUGAAUUUUUGCACAUUCGAGCAAGAAUGAAAAGUUAUUUGCAGUCACGAAAACACAAUAUUCAGUUCUGUUGAUACCGUUACUGGAUGAGUUCUUCUUUUCCGGCUGUUUUAAAGGUGUUGGUGACGAAUGGAUCCUUCCUGAUCCUCUCACAUCACGGCAGAGGACCACGAGAGUAAUGGGUUAUUUUGUCCGUGUACCUGCUCCGCAGUCGAGGGCGUUUAGUCCCUUUCUUGCCACCGACACGUUUCCUGCUCCCCUAUUUCUAAAAAGGAUAAUUGCAGCAGAGAGAUGCGAGGGUCCAACCUUGAAGCGUCUCGUCUCCCUGUCACGACCAAAUUGAAAUUCUUUUCGUAAAUGUCCGCGUGCUGAAAAUGUCAACAGACGAGGUCAAACACAGAGGCGGUUGUUAAAAAAGCUCGGGAAUGACUAAAUGACAGGUGGCGCCUUCUUCUCCUCCUCUUCCUCAGAUCCGCCUCUUAUUCGAGGACAGUGACAUUUAUGUGCGACGUUACAUUUAUACGGUUCUAAAAUGGUUUGUGUAAAAGUCCAGCUGCAGAAUCCCGGAGAGGCGUUUUCCUAUAACGUCUCCCCACGUGUUCAAACAUUAAAACCUCCAGUCGAAGGCAGUUUCUUGAUCUCUAAUUCUGCGAAGACCUUUCAGGGGGGUUUCAGGAAGUUUACAGCCUGUAAUGUAAUAAUACAUAGAGGGAAUAUGAAGUCUUUCAUAUCAAAAUGGAUACACGAGAAACCAAAAACCUCUUAUUUGAAUUCAAAUAAUCCUUUAAAAUGAGACAAAGAAAUUAAAUCUCUAUUUUCAUGCUUUUCUUUCUCAAACCAAAUGAAUCUUUUUGGGGGCAAACAUUUCUCCUCUACAGGGAAACGUUUGCUUCACAAAACCUCAGUUUGAAGCCAAACACCUUAAAGAAGAAUUUCAUUAUAUCAGAAUGUCAUUCACAUCAUUUUGUCUUUUUGUUUCUGCUCGACGCACAAACAUCGUUAUCUUUUAAUCACUUGUUGUCUUCGCUUGUUUUUCAAACGAAUGUUUUAUCAAUUUGAAAAGUUUCCACUCUGGAUAUUUAUUUUCUUUCUUCAGCGAUGAAUUGUUUCAAGUCUUUGCCUGCUGUCCUCAUUGAAUGUGUUGGACUGUUGCGUCACCAGCUCUGUGACGCUUUGUGUUUUUUUGCAUCUUUUUGCUUUAAAACACUUCAUGUGCUUUACUCGUUCAACUGCUUUUAUCACGCAGAGACCUUUGGUUUGUCUUCACAGGCAAAUCUGAGUCUCUCUCUCUCUUUAUCGUCAUGUGCUUUACGGCUGCAGUGCAACACUCCAUGUGGAUUACAGAGGUUUUUUUUAAAGCUGCAUUGUUUUUCAUGUUUAACCUGUAACGACACUCCAGAAGCUUUUCUCACCCAAAGUUCAAACUGUGGAGUUCAGGCUCUGGCUUCAUAUCAGAGGAAACGAGCUGAAUUUACCAUUAGACACUAAACGGUACAGUUUCACAAGCGUUAUGAUCAAAUCAAAGACAGAUUGUUCCACUGGGGGAAAGUCAAGUAAAAGCCUCGAUUACAAUCAGCCACACAAGCUGCUUUCUGACUCUGAAGCUGAAGGACACACUGGUGUUUUUGCAUGUUUCUCAUUUACUUUUAUGUUUUUUCCGCAAUAUCAGGCAAAUGAAUUUCCUUUUCUAGAAAUAACUGAUGUCUUUAAACUUCAUGAACAUCAGGUUAUAGAGAUGUCAGGUACAUUUUUUGUCGUGUAAUAAAUAACUAACAACAGCAGUGCCAUGCAACGGUGAAAUAUACAUAAGCUAGCGUUGCUGUUUCAAAGGUAGCAAAACACUAUUGUACAAAUAGUGUUGCACUGAUUUGGUGCAUUUUACUACAUGGAAGAAAAUAUGCAAAGACGCUGGUAUGUUCCUUUUAAAUGCAGUUAGAUUGGACCAGUGCAAGGUGAGAAUGUGGGUGAACAUUGAGUCAAUUAUAAAACGCUGUAAUCACACACACCUCAUCACCAUAGUGACCCUGUCUCGUGUCAUCUCUCCUCCACCCAAAGACUGUUCUCCUCCCUCGUUCACCUCAUCAGUCUCUCCUGUUGUGUUCCACCGUUCACACGACACUGAGCACUUUAACGAAGCAGAACCUUUAUCUCGAAAAUGCUGAUGUUAGAGCGAGCAAUAAGUGGCUUUAAUGUAACGUGCACAUCACAGGGAAAAAGGAAUGUACUUUCAUGCCGGGCCUUAUCAAAGAAAUGGGGUUUGUGUUUUUAGUCCUGACGGAAGGAGAAACUGGGAUUUGAGGUUUUUUGUGAAGGCCUCGCGAUGACUCGGAUUAUAUUUCCCUUUAUUUCCCUCACGAUCUGUUUGUCUUCAUGUUUUAAUUGAAAUUAUGUGACAGUUUCUUUGUGCAGUUUGACAAUUUCAAUUUUGCAAUAAUGAAAGAUUAUUUUUUACUAAAUGUACACAUGACUGGGAAAUAUAUAUAUAUAUGUAGUAUAAUUAGAGAUAAAAACAUGUAUUAGAAAUGUAUUAUGAUGAUCUGAACGAUACGUGUGCACUUUCUUUCUGAUUAAUCUUCAGCUUUCAGCAUUCCAUUCCUGUAUCGACCAGUGAAAACUAACAACCAGAGGUGAAACUACGUCAGAAACUAUAUACAGAAUAAAAGUUUUACUUUAUAGCA